ACGACUGUCGACGACGGACAGCUCUGUACGGCUCUGCACAUGCGCAUGGCGGUUGAUUUGUGACCCUUUUUCACACAAGGUGUCGCAUCAGUGAGACUGGCGGCAGUAAAUGUUAAUCUACCUUUUGGAUGGAUGUUUACAACGUGUCGUCUGCUAGUCUGUGAGCGGUCUGUUAUCAACUUAUGUUUGAUGUUACCACAGAAAGUUGUUUAUGUACCUUCAAUAUAAGAGUGCUCUCGUUGGAUAUCAGUGAAUUUGGAUACGCAUAAUUUGAUUUUUGAUUGAUAAUUUGGACAACCUAUUGUCAUUGAGGACACGUUUUCGGAUCCUUCUGAAGAAACUUUCAGAAGUUGUCGUGAAGAGUUUUUAUUCAUCGGCCGAAAGGUGCAUAUCAUUAACACUGACUUGAAUGCUUUCUGGUGAUAAUGAUUGUUAUUACUAUGUAAUCACGUAUACCUGAAAGGAUUACACCUGCAAUGAUGUCAUCAGUUUGCAUUGUCGGUAUGCAUAAAUGAGCACAGAGCGCCAAUACCUGUGGGAUUCUUCAAGGUAUCCGUGAACUGACUGUUCGAGCCAGAAGAGGCUGAACUGUGAUCUUCGGAAGCAAAUUCUCGACUUGUGUAUAAUUUCCCUAAGGGGGUAUCGGCCGAGACAGAAAGCUGAAUCAAAAUACUAUAGCGAUGGAGCAACGAGUCUAUGGAAUGAAUGCACCGGCUUUGCACCACUAUUCUCAUAACUUCCCAGGGUCUUAUGGACUUUCUCAGACAUUUCCUAGACAAACUGCAUUCUCAUCAAUGUACGGGACUGGGAAUUUCUCAGGGGGUGGGUUCACGUACCCCUCCCAAUCAUCAGAGUGGGGGUUCUCGUCCCCGUCUUCAAAUUUUGGUAUGAACGGACCAUUGAGCAGCGCUGCGUCUAAUUUGUUAUCAAGUCGAGACACUGGUGACUAUUUCUACCAGGGUGGGGUGCAGGUGUCCGGGGGGAUAGGGGGUAUGUCGGGGUCCCGCGGCUUGAUGCCCGGGGGGUCACCGUACUGUGAAGUGGCCAACUCGUACAGUCCCCCCUUUUCUUCAUCACCCUCCCAGAGUGUCAGCUCUUCACCCGGGUCUACAGAUUCCAGUGACAAGACGAGGUGUUCAGAUUCAGCCACAAGUCCAUCCUACAAACUCGAUCUUUCCACAAAACCCCGCAAAGAGCGGACGGCGUUCACCAAACAUCAGAUCCGGGAGUUAGAGAAGGAGUUCGCUGUCCACAACUACCUCACCCGGUUACGGAGAUAUGAGAUAGCAGUGGCUCUCAACCUCACCGAGAGACAGGUAAAGGUGUGGUUUCAAAACCGACGGAUGAAAUGGAAAAGGGUCAAGGGUGCUCAGCUCGUGCGGGACAAGGUCACAGGUCAACUGAAGCCCUUGAUGACCCCGUGUGUGACGUCAUCGGGUGGCGUGUUCAGUGAUUCGCUGAAGGACUCAAACACAGGAUCACGUGAUCCCAUGGAGCAUAUAAAAGAAGAAAUGAAAGAUGCCAAACUAUGAAAGAAACUCUACAUUCAUACUGGUUGUAAGUGAUCGUGAAAUGACAUCAUCGUGACGUCAUCAUGACGUCAUCGGACAUGACAAAAUGUAUUACCCGAAGGCGGUGUGUCUCAGUUGGACCCGAAGCUCACACGUUGCACGUACAGUAAACACGGCAGCAGGAAACGACUGAAGGUGCUAAAAGGGUAACGUGGAAACGAAGAAUCGACGGAAAGAUUUACAUUCAGUUCGCAAGAGGCAAACUGAAUUAUUCAAGACAUGUUUACUAAUAAGAAGACAUUGUGUGACCUUUUUUUUCUCAAUUGAGAAUCUGAUUAUUAUAUGUUGUUCAGAAUGAACUGUGGAUUCAUCUUAAUAUCACGUGAGAGAUUGAUGGGGGUGGUACACAUGUAGGAGCAGUAUAGAAUUUGUAAGAGGGAUUUCCUAAUGCGGCUGUAGUGAAAGUUAUACAGCAGUAUGAACGUCUAUGGGAUAAGACAAUUAUACUGGUAUAUUCAGUGUGUUCGCUCUGAAAGGAGGCCUUCUGUCUUCUUACUAGGAAAUUACGCGUAGCCUU